AUGGGACUGGACAUCAAGAAGGACUGUCCAAAAAAUCUAGAUAUUGAGAGGGUGGAACCCAUUCAUUCCAGUCCAGAUGGAGGAAAUGCAGAACAGAAAGCAAGCAUCUACAGGACGGUCAAUCGGGAGCUGGACACGUUCGAGUUGGUACGCCAGGAAACGUCAAGCGACAAUGUAUUUUCAUUAAGUCUAAAGUCAAUGGGCAAAGGCAAACCACUGUCAAGAAGGGCUUGGUGGAUUGACGACACCCUGGAUUCCUCAAGUGGAGCCAAGUGGUUUUCAACUCUAGAUCUCUCUAGUGUUUACUGGCAGGUCCAGCUGGAUGAGCAAGCCGAAUUGAAGUCAGCAUUCAUGGCCAGCGGUGGGUUGUGUCACGUCAUGCCCUUUGGGCUUUGCAAUCCGCCCGCCACCUUUGAGCAGCUAAUGGAUAGAGUACUGUCCGGGUUGACAUGGAAGAUGUUGCUAGUUUACUUAGAGAACAUCAUCGUGUAUGGGGAGACGGUAAAGGAGGAACUAGCUAGGCUGAGAAUCGUCUUUCAGCGUUUGAGUGAAUCUGGAUUGAAGCUGAAACCGUCCAAGUGUCAUCUGUUCCGGACCAGUGUCGUGUAUCUGGGACAUGUGGUAUCAGCAGAUGGAGACACAACAGACCCCAAAAAGACAGCAGCUAUCAGAAGUUGGCCAAAUCCACGGUUGUUAAAGAGGUCCGAAGCUUUAUUGGAAUGUCCUAUACUAUCGACGCUUUGUGAAGGGAUUCGAAAUGGUGGCAAAACCAUAACAUCAAUUGACGGAGAAGAACCGAAAUAUCUGAGAGGCCAGUUUGCUAGAUGGAUGGAGGUUAUAGCUGAAUACGACUUUGACAUCCAAUAUAGACAGGGACAGAGUCAUGCGAAUGCUGAUGGCCUUUCCCGGAAACCUUGCUCGCAGUGCUCCCGGGAGGAUGAAGGUUGUGUUGGCCAGAUUAUGGCCACAUGA